AUGGUAGAGUCAUGGAACUCACUCAUCACUUCCACUAUGCCUGAUGCCGAAAUCAAGCUUUUUUACGCCAUCAUAGAUGACAUCCUCUUAGGUGCCAGCGAAUUUGACCUCAUCGACUUUACGGGAGGAGUUGAGAAAACGCUGGCUUUCAUCAGAGAGACCGCCAAGACGCAUCAAGCUGUUGCCCGAGCAAUGGGCGGCGAAAUCAAGUUCAAUCCCUAUUAUGACAGGGCGCUGCCGGAAUUUCACAAGAGACGUGUCGCCCGUCCGGCCUUAAGAUUUGUUCCUCUCGCUGAAGACAACGAUACCAUGCUGCAUAAGGAGUACAAGAUCAUGAUCUUUCAAGGCCACCCUGAGAUGGCAGAGAACUUUGGAAUGGCGAUAUUGCAUGCGGAUUAUGGUGCUUAUACCGGCAAUGUAUCGGAGAAGCAAGCUGAGGAACUUGAUGUACGGUUCUCAUUGCCUCAUGAUGGACAACGCUCGUCCCGAUUCCUAGUAAUAUUUAUUCCUAAGAAAAAUAGGAAAUUAUAA